UCGCGCCGGAGCCAAUGGCGACGGCCGAGGCGUUCUUGGGCGGCCAAUAGGAAGAGAGUAUUUGAGAGGUCGGCGGGGCGCAGGCCUCCGUUUGUUGUGGUCCUCCUCCGCUGAGGGAGAAGGAGAAGACGAAGGAGCACGGACAGAUCUGUUGAUGAAAUCCUGUAGUGAAGCUGCUAGCGUGAUGUAUUAAAGCUGAACGAUGGCAACUAACGAAAGUGCUGGCAUAUUGAAUUCUGCCUACUUGGCUGUAGAAUAUAUAGACUCUUUCUUGCCUGAGAAUCCACUGCAACAGCCAUUUAAAAAUGCUUGGAUCUAUAUGCUGAGUAACUACACAAAAUUCCAGAUUGCAACCUGGGGAUCACUUCUCAUUCAUGAACUUUCCUAUUUCUUACUAUGUUUGCCUGGAUUUGUUUUUCAGUUUAUACCUUACAUGAAAAAGUAUAAAAUACAACAGGAUAAGCCAGAAACAUGGGAAAGACAGUGGAAAUGUUUCAAAACGCUUAUGUUCAAUCACUUUUGUAUUCAGCUGCCUCUAAUAUGUGGCACCUAUUAUUUCACAGAAUAUUUUAAUAUUCCUUAUGAUUGGGAAACCAUGCCAAAAUGGUAUGUGCUGCUUGCUCAGUGUUUGGGAUGUGCUGUGAUUGAAGAUACCUGGCAUUAUUUUUUGCAUAGACUCCUGCAUCACAAGAGGAUAUAUAAGUACAUCCACAAAGUGCAUCAUGAGUUUGUUGCUCCAUUUGGUAUGCAAGCUGAAUAUGCACAUCCCCUAGAAACCCUUAUCCUUGGGGCUGGAUUUUUCAUUGGAAUAAUGGUGUUUUGUAAUCAUGUCAUUCUUCUCUGGGCAUGGGUAAUUUGCCGCUUGAUGGAGACCAUUGAUGUCCACAGUGGCUACGACAUUCCUCUGAAUCCUUUGCAUUUGGUACCCUUCUAUGCUGGGGCUCGCUUUCACGAUUUCCACCAUAUGAACUUCAUUGGCAACUAUUCUUCGACCUUCACAUGGUGGGAUAAACUCUUUGGUACAGACUCUCAGUACAAUUCUUACACAGAGAAAGUGAAGAAACAGGAGCAUGUGACAGAAAAAAAGACUAAAUAAACAUUUUGCUAGAAGCAGAAGGGAGAACGACACAGAUGCAAACGGCUGCCUUGUGCUUUUGGUUAAAUCUGAAAGGUCUAACAUACAUCACAGGCUAAAGCAGAAUGCUGCUUUUAACGGAAGACUAAGAGCAAGCUGCUGAAUCUUGGCUCUGUAGUAGAUAAAACCAUUAAUAGCUGCAUCUUCUUAAUGGGAAUACAUUUUCUAUUUUAUACAUAAGUACAGAAUAUAUUUAAAUAAAAGUAAUAAUAAAAUGAAAGUGAUACGUUUGAAGAUUUGUAAGAGACGUUGUCUUGAUUAGAGCUGAAUAGCCUUGAUAUAAAUCUUUUGGAUAUAGAUGUGCUAAAAUUUGUAACUGGUUUUACCAGUUUUCUAAACCAUGAAGAAUUGCAUAAAACUUGAUUGGGAACAAAAAUACCGUACUGUUGCACAGCUUAAUUUAAAAGCCUUUCCCAGCCAGAGAUCAAAAGUUUUUUAGAUUUGAAAGAAGAAGCAUUUUUCCAUAAUCUACUGGGAGAAAUCUUUUUAUUUGAUUUUACCUGUUUUAUUAGUAUAUUUAGUGUUACAUAUACCUGUUUGCAAACUACUGAAUUGUUGCUAUAUUUUGCACUUGUGGUUGACAAAGAAAUGUAAAGAUGGCCUGAUUUAGUUAGGCUUACAUGCACCAAAUAAAACUAUGUUGGGAUGCAAUCUGUAUUUCUUUGUUCUUAAAACUGUCAAAAAAUAAAGAUUCCAUUUUGUGAUUAA